ACAAGUGAGUUUGAUCAAUUUCCUACUAUAACCUUCAUGUUCAUUAUAAUGCGGAACCAUCUCUCUCUUUCCUAGGCAUCUUCCUUUGAUUUUUCUCUCUCUCUCUCUCUUGAACUCAGAAAAAAAUCUUAUUUCUUCUCUCCACUAUAUUACAACAUUUCUUCAUUCUCAAAUCAUCAAACCAAAAACCUAAAAAGAAAAAAAGAAGUUACAAUAUAUAUUGUUGUAACAAAAGAAAUAAAAAAUGGAUUCGAAUAGUAACAAUAAUACCAAAUCCAUAAAGAGAAAAGUUGUAGACCAACUUGUCGAAGGCUAUGAAUUCGCUACUCAGCUUCAGCUUCUCCUCUCUCAUCAACACUCUAACCACCUCAUCGAUCAGACCCGUCUCGUUUCGGGGUCGGGUUCACCGGAUCCCGUUGAUGAGCUUCUUGCUAAGAUCUUGGGUUCUUUCCAUAAAACCAUAUCGGUUCUUGAUACUUUCGAUCCAGUUGCUGUCUCUGUCCCCAUCCCCGUCGAGGGUUCAUGGAAUGCUUCUUGCGGCGAUGAUUCGGCCGCUCCGGCGAGCUGCAACGGAGGAGAUUCCGGUGAUAGUAAAAAGAAGAGAUUAGGGGUUGGUAAGGGUAAAAGAGGAUGCUAUACUAGAAAGAAGAGAUCGCAUACAAGGGUCGUGGAAGCUAGAAGUUUUGAAGACAGAUACGCUUGGAGAAAAUAUGGACAAAAGGAAAUUCUUAAUACCACAUUUCCAAGAAGUUAUUUUAGAUGCACGCACAAGCCAACGCAAGGAUGUAAAGCAACAAAGCUUGUUCAGAAACUGGAGCAAGAUCCGGAGAUGUUCCAAAUCACAUAUAUUGGCUACCAUACGUGCACUGCCAACGACCAAACACAAGCCAAGGUGGAGCCUAUUGAUAGCGAAAUCAUGAUGGAUUCGGACAAAACAGUGGCUGAAACUACAGCUCAGAACCAUGUCAAUGCUAAGAUACAAGAGCAAGAUAACAACAUCAGUAGUGUGACAGUGGUAAGCACAGUGAAGGAGGAAGAAAAAAACAAUGGUGAUCUUUCUAAAGAGUAUUGUGAAGGUUCUUCUACGGAUGGGGAUUUGUCAUUGGUUUGGCAAGAUAUAAUGAUGUUUGAUGAUCAUCAAAACCAAUACUAUUGUGGUGAAAUCAGUACUACUACUUCUCAUCAUUUUGGUUUCGUUGACAACGAUCAGUUUUCCUCCUUUUUUGAUUCAUAUUGUGCAUAGUGAUGAAUCAGAUCAUCAGGCUUUGUAAUAUUUGUCACCUUCUCUUGUAGUAUGUUUAGUGAAUGUAAUACCGUUGUUGGUAUGUUUGACAAAAUACCAUAUAUACAUCUCUAUUCAUUUUUUGGACUGACACAGUAUACAUUUUGUAUCUGGUGUUCUUCACUA